AUGGCGGCGGUGGCGGCGCCGGGCCCGCAGGCGGAGGCUGAGCAGUGGCGGCGGCUGCUGGGUGCCGUGACCCGCCUGCAGGCCUGCGUCAGGGGCUGGCUGCUGCGGCGGCGCUUCAGGAGCUUGCAGCAGGAGUACGAGGAGGUGGUGAGGGAGAUCGAAGGAGACCUGAGCGAGCUGCAGUGGACGGGACAGUACCUGCUGAGGCCCGUCUUUGUCCCCAAGAAUUCACUGCAAGGAAAGUGUUCAGCUAUACGAGAGUCUGUACCGAGUGACAAGGCCAGCACGGAAAAAACAGAGCAGGAGCUGGAUGCUUCCGAACCGGAGCGGGACUGGGGCUGCAGCAGCAGCGUGAAACCUACAGCCCAGCUGCAAAGCGAGGAAGACCCGAGCUCCCUGGGUGAAUGUGAUGUAGCGAGACCCCCAAAUCCAGGGGCUGACGCAGAUAAAAGCACUGCAAAGGGGUGUGGUGCCCUAGCAGAGAGCGAGGAGUGGCAGAACAGCAGUGUGUCAUCCGUGUGGGACAGCACUGUCCAGGAGUUGGAGUCCCUCGAAGCCUGCCUGGAAAUUCCACUUGAGGAUAUAAAGGAACUUCCCCGAACUCGAGCUGGCCUCCAGUCCUACAGAAAUCACUUGAUCAUGGAGCUGCUGUGGUUGCAACAAGCUAUCGUCAGCCGUAAAAACUACCUGAUGCUGAAACAGAGGCUGGGGACUCCUGACCCAUAGGAAGGCAUUCCCGAGUGUGGGGGACAUUUGUACUGGUGUGGAGGAGCAGAGGAGCUACAGCACCAUGGCAUGACCUCAGGGACAGCAGUAGCCUGAGGGGACUCCAGCUCCACGGGCUGAUGUUCUCCAUGUUAGAUGCGUGUGGCAAGAAAGACAUUUUCUUUCUUUUAAAUUUGAAUAAUUGGUUAAAGCAGGGGUUAAUUGUCACUGCAACUAAGGAGAUUGUGUGCCCUGGAGGGAGUGCCAGGGAGGCCUCCUUCCACAAAAACCUUAUUUCUGUUGGCAGAGCCGGGUGGUUCUGGAGUAAAUUGAGGCUGGGAAGACUGUCUCUUGCAGAAGGUACUCUUUGGCCAGCUGAUUGCUUGUGGUGGACCUGAAAUGCCUGAAGGCAACAGGUGCUUUCAAUUUGUAGGAAUAAGCUCUUCUCCACUGAAUUGUGGGUGACCCCUGCCAGUAUCUGUACUGUAUUUUUGGGAUGUUUUCAUAUGUUACAGCUCUGGGGUCUCCAGGUGCUUGUGGUAGGAACACCUAGUUGAAAUACUAAGUUAAGGAGGAAAGUUUCCUAACUUUCCUGUGCGGCUGUUGGGGAUAGAAUAUCUAACCUGACCUUCAGGAGAUGAGGCUUGGUUCCUGACAUGCACUUUUCUGGCCGUGGUAAUACGGGUGUGUGCGGCACGGUCACUUGGAGAGAACGCCUCACGCUUCAGGAAGCAAGUAAGGAGUUAAGGGGUUGGUGCUGUGCUUUGAGAGUACUUUGUUUAUAGAGAUAUUUUUUAUUUUUUUACCUUAGCACUAGUUCAGGGAUAUCAAACGUCCCUCAGAAGGGGACUUCCUGCAUGUUGCUCUGGUUCCUUACGGGGACCCUGAGUCUUAUGUGCAAACACUCUGUUUGUAUGCCCUGAGUGGGUGCUGUUAUUGUGUGGCAGAGAUAUCCUUCUGUUCCUGAUGACACUGACUUGUAUGUGAAUAAAAAGCAUU